AUAAUCUUCAAAAGGAGGGAAAGAUUUCAAUACAAAAUGAUUGAAAUAAAACCAGAAUUCAUAUAUUUCUUGUUUUUUCAAGUAUAAAGUGGAGUGGAGCCAUGAUCCUCUGAAAGGGACUCCACCCCAUUGUCUAUGAGGCCUUGCUCUCUAAAUCCUUCAAAGGGUCAAUUGGAUCCAUGAUGUGGGUCAUGAUUGUCCAUUAUUAGGUGAAAAAGAUGAAAAAAAUUUGGAAAAAUCACAGCGAAGGUCACGCCCCAGCAUGGAGGACAUUGUAGAGGAUGAUCCCUCUUCUUCUGACUCUUCUCUGAUAUAAAAUUUGUCUGAAUCAGCCAUUUUUGAUUUGGAGCUCCAUCGAAAAACACUCCCCCUUCUCGAUUCGAUUCUGGGUCUCACGUAUUGUAUCGUUUUAGGGAUACCCUUUUGCGAUACGAUUGUUUGGCACUUGUUUUUGGUUGAAGAACUACUGAAGGAAUCCCUUGUUUUCUGUUUUUUAGGGUUCUUUUUUUAAGAUCCUUUGUGGGGUUUGGAUUUUGGGGAUGUGGGUUUGUGUGUUUGAUGGAGCUUCUUCGUGGACAUGGUGGAGUGACUCUUCUUUUGCUGGUUUCGUGUGGCUUUUUGAUCGUUUCUAGGGUUUGAUAUCGUCUUGGCUUUUGGCUUAGUAAUUUUGAGGUGUGAUUUACGUCGAAACUGAAAGGUAUAAUGGGUGUGAAGGAUCGUCAAAUUGCGACGAACUCGCCUAAUGCGAAAGUAGAAGUAGGAGAGAUCGACACUAGUGCACCGUUCCAGUCUGUUAAGGAUGCUGUCAAUUUGUUUGGUGAAGGUUCUUUCUCGGGGGAACGAGUGAUUAUGAGGAAGGCGAAACAACCUCAUUCUGCAGAGAGAGUGUUUGCAAAAGAGACUCAACUUCACUUGGCCGAAAAAGAACUGAACAAACUAAAGAAUCAGCUAAAGAAUGCUGAAACGACCAAAUCUGAAGCGCUCGUUGAGCUCGAAAAUGCUAAAAGAGCUGUUGAGGACUUGACCAAGAAGCUACAAUUGCUGAGGGAAUCGAAAGAAUCUGCCGUGAAGGAUUCGGAAGCUGCCAAGGCUCGAGCGAAGCAGUUUGAGGAGACGAAUGGAAACAAUCAUUCGGGAAAUAAUUGUGGUUGGAAACAAGACUUGGAAACGACCCGAGAUCGGUAUAUGGUAGUGAUCGGAGAACUAGAUGCUGCAAAGCAAGAAUUGAGGAAAAUCCAUCAAGAUUCUGAUGCGUCGUUGGAAGCAAAAGUAGCUGCUUUGAAACAGGUGACGGAGGCCGAGGAAUCAGUCGAAACACACAAGGUGAAAGCAAAUGAACUUUCUAAGGAAAUUUUAGCUGCACAGGAAUCCAUUGAAAAGCUCAAGCUAGCAUCCCUUCAAGCACAUAAAGAACAAGAACAGAUAUUUGUUGAGAAAGAUAUCCAGAGGAAGUCUUAUAAAGCAGCUCUUGAAGAGUCGGCGAAAAAAUUGUUUUCGUUACAGAAGGAAAUCGACCCUGAUGUCACGAGGAAUCUUGAAUUGCAGUUGAGUGAGACGAUGAAUGAAAUUGGGGAACUGCAGAAACAAAUGGACGAUAAAAAGGCGUCGGAUUUAGAUUCGGUGAAGAACGUCACAUCGGAGCUUGAUGAUGCAAAAGAGUCCUUACAAAAAGUAGCUGAAGAGGAAAGAUCUCUCCAUAGCUUGGUUGAAGCUUUGAAGUUGGAACUCGAGAAUGUGAAGAAAGAGCAUUCUGAACUCAAGGAGAGAGAAGUGGAGGCCGAAUCUACUGCUGGGAAUUUGCACGUCGAGCUCCGAAUGAGAAAAUCUGAACUCGAAGCGUACCUCGCAGAAGAAUCUAAAGCAAGAGGUGCUUGUGAAGAUAUGCUUUCAACUCUCAACCAGCUAUCUUCGGAAACCGAAAAUGCGAGACGGGAAGUGGUAGAGAUGAAAAAUAAAGCCGAAGAGUUGAGGAAGGAAGCGGAAUCCACUAAAAUAGCAUUGGAAGCUGCUGGGAAGCAGCUGAGAGUUGCACUGGAAGAAGCUGAAGAAGCAAAAACAGCUGAAGCUAGAGCCCUUGAGCAGAUUAAGGUACUCUCAGAGAGAACGAAUGCUGCACGAGCUUCGACUUCCGAGUCGGGGGCUAACAUCACUAUCUCCAGGGAAGAGUUCGAGUCAUUAAGCCGGAAAGUCGAGGAGUCCGACACAUUAACCGAAAUGAAAGUAGCUGCUGCAUUAGCUCAGGUUGAAGCCGUGAAGGCUAGCGAAAAUGAAAUUCUACAAAGGUUAGAAGCAUCCCAGAAGGAAAUUGAGGAUAUGAAGACAGCAACUGAGGAAGCUUCAAAGAAAGCAAAGAUGGCAGAAGCAGCUAAGAAGGCCGUGGAAGGAGAGCUAAGACGGUGGCGCGAGCGAGAGCAGAAGAAAGCAAUCGAAGCUGCAUCAAGAAUUUUGGCUCAAACGUCGGUGCCUUUGGAAUCACCUCCAAGCCACAACAUGAUUCAAAAGCAGAGCACAUCAAUGAAAAUGGUGUCGAGAGACAAAACAUUCUCAAAGAAGGUACUCUUACCAAACCUUAGCGGCUUAUUUGUUAGGAAAAAGAACCAGGUCGACGGUGGAUCGCCGUCCUACCUGCCCGGCGAGAAGUCUGUGUGACAUUUUCUUGAAGUAUUCAGGUGAGUAACAUAUAAUUAUUGUGUGUACAUUUGUUGCCUGCAAAUUUGUGUUCAGGUAACCAGAAAUGAUGGGUGAUUUUGUAUAUGGGAUGGUUUGUUAGAUCAUCGAUCGAAGCAUAUCGUAUCGAGAUUGUCUAUCAGCUAUCAUUCGCUUGGUUUGUUGUAAAAAAUCUUAUCCUCUUGGACCAUAUGCACUUGGAUG